AUGCAAAAAAUAAGUCAUUCGUCGAAAGGUUGCUUUGAUGAGACUGAUGAUAUUCCACUCUCACUUUUAAAGGAAAGUUUUAUUAAAAAUGGCAACAAUGUUUCAAGUUCUCCCUCGCAUCAAUCAAAAACACCGAAAAUUAAUAUUAUUUCGAAUAUAUUAUGCAUUAAUAAACCAGAUCCUAAAACAGAUAUUGACGAUAUACCAAUGCGCCUGGAUGAUUCUGAUGACUCAAGGCUUGACCAAAACUUCGUAAUUGAUUGCAAAGGCUUCUGAGACUUCAGGACAGCACUAGCUCUUCUUAAAGCAGCCUAGAAAGAUAUGUUCCAGUUUAAUUACAGGAGUAAUUUCCUUUUGACUAAUAUUUGAAACUGGCAGACUUUGCAGCAUUUUAAUGGUACAAACAUCAUUUCUUCACCCACUAUGGUGUGACUCCAGUUACAAUCCAACAAAAAUACUAUGAUGCCCCAUGCUUGUGUGGCUGUGUAAACCACAUGUCAGUUUCAGAUAUUACAUUAAUAAAGA